ACUAAUAAUGUUUACCAUAGUGAAACUGUUACCACAAAUAAUAAUCUGCAUGAAUCACAAAGUAUUGACGCAGUUCUCCCAACAGCAAUGACUACUAGUAUUUCAUCAACCACGGAAAUUCACAACAUUUCUACCUCAUAUCAUCCACUUGAGAAUUACAAAAAUAUUAAUAAUGUCGCUAAGAAACCUGACGGCAUUACACAACAUAAUGAUGGAGAUAAUAAAAAGCUACUGGAUACCAGUCAACUCACACAAUCGGUUUCAACAGUCUUAGCAGAACACCGUCUCUCUGUGGAUAAUAAGAACAUAACUAUACCGCUUACCGCUACUACUGCUACUGCUAAUGCUACUACUAUAACUACUUCGUUUGCUAUUAGUCGCGGUUCUGAUGUGGAAAUGUUGCAGGCAUUACAAGAUUUUGUUCAACCUGAUGAAAUUUUCAUUUUUCCUCCAAUAUCCAGAUUAAGUUUGAAUUUCUUUGUUCCCAUGGUUGAGAAAAGUUAUCGACGUUUAGGUUUACGACGUCCAAGAAUGCAUUCUAUUGAGAAAUUAUCAUGGUCCACACCACGUAUCGCACCAUUUAUCAAUACAAUUACAGAGACAAUAUUGAUUUUUGUUAUUGCUAUAACAUGUUUAAUUGUUUUUCCAGAUGCUCGAAGAGCAGUGAAUACGCCAACUUUUUAUAUUAUUUUAUUUAUCGCCUUCAUGAUACAUACACUGUUAUUAGCAUUGUUAAUUUCCGAUUUGGCUGCAUGGGCCUGGUGUCCAAGACGUAACAAUAUUAGUAGUAAGUCCAUGUUGAAAACUCCUAGAAUCCGUUAUGAUUGGCGACGUAUAGUGAUUCGGCUAUAUGGGAAGCUGUUUCGUUGGAAUUCACGUAAUGUGAUUGGUGUUUUUAUUUUGAUCUUACCAACAUCUGUUGUUUUGUCAACCUAUUCUUAUUGCUUAUUUAAUAAAUAUACACCUUUAAUAACACUCGAUGCGUCAUUAAAUCAUAAAGACGCCUAUUAUUAUUCUCACAUGUUCUAUGCUACUUAUCGUGCACAGAUUGGUUUAUUGUUCACUUUUAUGUUUAUCAACUGUACAUUGUACACGUCGUUUUCCUCUUGGACGAAAACUAUUUCAGCUACAUUCGUCUGUUCGCUGGGUAUACUAUUGAUAUCCUUACAUAGAACACUUCAGUACACGUGUUCGCCACAGCAUGCUCAGUCAUGGUAUUCGGUAAUAAAGUAUAGUUUUAAUAGUCCAGCAAUUGUUGAAAAACGACUAGAAAAUCGAAAUUCAUCAUUUUUAUUUGAGUUUCCUAAUUGGUCAUAUCCCGCCAUGUCUGAUAAUGCGGUGUAUGAGUAUAUCAUGAUUGGAUUGCUUACUUUGAUUCUAGUUGGUGCAUUGAAUCGUGAAUUUGAUAUUAAUUUCCGAUUAAGUUUUCAUCGAGAUUAUGAAGCUCUACGAGCUAAGGAAGCUAUUGGUCAUCAAAAAUUGCAAGCUGAUUGGUUAUUGGAGAACAUUAUUCCAUAUUAUAUAAUGAAUGAUUUACGUCAGCAUAAUAAAUACUCUCGACAUAUUGAAGAUGCUGGUGUAGUUUUUGCAUGUAUUGCCAAUUUCUCUGAGUUUUAUGACGAACAAUACCAAGGUGGUCAAGAGAUGUUACGUGUUAUGAAUGAAAUAUUUGCUGAUUUUGAGCAUCAACUCGCCUUAUCAAAAUAUAAAGACGUCGAGAAAAUCAAAACAAUCGGCUCAUGUUUUAUGGCUGCUUCUGGAUUAAAUAUGACUGAACGUAAACGCAAUAAACGAUCGGAUGAACAUUUGUGGGCAUUGCUUGAUUUUGCUUCGGAUUUAAUUCAUACACUAGAUGAUUUCAAUCGCCAGAUGUUCAAUUUUCAAUUUGAGCUAAAAGUUGGUUAUAAUAUUGGUGAAGUGACAGCUGGUGUUAUUGGUACUACAAAACUAUUAUAUGAUAUAUGGGGUGAUACUGUCAACGUGGCUAGUCGUAUGUAUUCAACAGGUUUAAAAGGUAGAAUACAAGUUACUGAAGCUGUUGCUAAACGCUUAGAAUCACGUUAUAUAUUUGAAUACCGCGAUGAAGUGUUUGUCAAGGGUAAAGGUAAUAUGAAAACCUACUUAUUGGUAAGCCGUCGAAAUAGUUAAGAGGAAGGGAUGAUUAUCGAGAUAAUUUCACUGAAAAAAUACGUCUUAUCUGUUUGUUUGUGUUACUAAUGGUACGGGUACUACUCAUAAUUUGAUCAAUUAUAGCGUCUUCGUCUGUGGUCACUUGAUCAAUGGGACAAUUUAGAAAAUUUGAAAAAUUAUCUAAAUUUUUACUUUACUACACACACAAAAUCCUUUAAUAGAUCUUUUCAUAUACAUGUGUUUGUUAUCGUUCUUCACUGUUAUUUUUCAAAUUAACGACUCACUGCACCACCGUUAUUUUCGCUUAAUCAUAAUUUUUAAUUAAACAUAAUAAUACUUAUUGAGAAAGAAUCAUAUAUUGGACGUAUUAGUUUACACUUGUAAUAACCAUUUUCCUGUCUUUGCCUUUCUUUAUUAUCGUCUUUUUACACAGUGAUUGUUAUUGUUGUCAUUAUUGGUUUCCUUUCAUUUUCCUCAUCAUUUUCAACAAAAUUUCAUCUACUGUGCAUUUGUCCUAGACAUCCAUCGUCAAUAUUCUAUCGAUAAAUAAUCAUAUAAAUGUAUUAAAUUCUGUGUCUUUAUAUGUUGGUUUAAACGGAGUGUUAAUUUUUUAUGCUUAUGAACUUUGUCUAAAUAUUAGUUGCAUAUUUUAGUUUAUAUGACAUUAAGCGCCGGACCAAUUGAUUGUCAUAUGUUCCACUUUUAAUCGGAAUCAAGCUUAGUUGUGAAGCCAUUUUAUAUCGGAACUAUAUUUGUCUAAAUACAUACGUAUGUGUGUGUAUGUGCACAUGAACCUUGUGAACAUAAAUAACUUGAACUUAAGAAUUCAGCUAUCACUGUUAUAUUGCAUUUUUUUUCAUGAUUAUCUAGACUACUUUUCACUUGUUUUGUCCUCUUUAUUAUGAUAUUUUAAAAGGAAAGUGGUAAUAAAGUUGAAAGACAUGCAUUAAUAUCCGCUAGCUUUUCGUUGUCGUGAUUGCUUGUAUUUAUUCACUGAAGAUAUAUAAGGUGAUCUCUUGUUCAAACUGAAAUCUAAUCAUCAAUUACUUGGUAAAAAUUCACAUUUAUCAGUUCUGCGUGUUCUUUCUGUGGUAUUAAUCCUUUUUUGUCGUUACACAACUGAGGGUUAUACAUAUGAUUAUAGACUUGUUCAAUUAUCUUUCUCGAAUUAAUUAUGUUAUCUCACAUUCAACUGAUUGCUUUUACUAACGGUUCCUGUCAUUAGUUCAUGUUGACUACUUCCUAUUUUUUCUUUCCACUUCUUUUGUUAAAUUUGAGCUGUGAUGGCUUCUAUUUACGUAUUCUCUGCUGUAAUUCGUUUUGAAUAUAGAACAUGUAACAUCAUAAAGUAGAGAAUAUUUUGAGAAGCCCGCAAAAGAAUAGCUGUUGAUGGCGAUGGCCGUAAUAUAUAUUCCGAUUUUGUUUGAUUUUAUUUAUUGUAGUUCUAUUUGGUUUAUUAUUACUACUUUUAAUGUUUACGAUGAAUAAACAAGUUUGAUAUGAUG